GGGUGGUGACGUAGUUCCGUUUCCCGGCAGCGGGACGCGCAGCGCCAUGGCCGGCAUCAAAGCUCUGAUCAGCCUGUCCUUCGGGGGAGCGGUGGGACUGAUGUUCCUGAUGCUGGGCUGCGCCCUUCCUCAGUACAACCAAUACUGGCCACUGUUUGUUCUGUUCUUUUACAUCCUUUCCCCUAUCCCAUACUGCAUAGCAAGAAGACUGGUAGAUGACACAGAUGCUACGAGUAACGCCUGCAAGGAGCUGGCUGUAUUUCUUACAACAGGCAUUGUUGUCUCAGCAUUUGGACUGCCUAUAGUGUUUGCCAGAGCAGAACUGAUUUACUGGGGCGCAUGUGCACUUGUUCUUACGGGGAAUACAGUCAUCUUUGCUACGAUCCUAGGAUUUUUCUUGGUCUUUGGCAGCAACGAUGACUUCAGCUGGCAGCAGUGGUGAAAGGAAGAUAGAGAACUAUCACAGACAUCUUGUCAUUCAGUGGCCAUCCAUACAAAUGAGAGAAUGGGCAAUAAAGAGAAGUAGUGUAGCAAGCCUCUCCAGUAUUCUAGACACUCCUUUUUCACCUUGUUUGUUCUGAGUGUACUACCAUUUUGCUGAUGGGUUUCUAAGUUUUUAUCAAGUAAGGAGAUAGCCAAUUUCAUUUUUACCUUUAGUAUGUUUUAGGUGG